GCUGGGAAGUAACACCUGCACGCGGCCAGCCAGAUGAGCAUAUAGGCAAAUGAGUCGGCCAGGUAACACACUUCUUCGCCGUGCACCACAAGGCGUCAAUCAUGAAGUUGCUCCUGCCUCUCCUGGGCUGCCUCGCCCUCUCGCUCUCCCUCACAGAGGGCGUGAUGGUGUGCUACUACGGGUCCUGGGCAGUGUACCGGCCUGGUGACGGCAUGUUUGAUGUGGAGGACAUCGACCCCAACCUCUGCACGCACCUGAUCUUCGGCUUCGCGGGUCUCGGCAGCAACAAUAAGAUUAAGGUGCUGGACCCGUGGAAUGAGCUGUGUGACGAUUACGGCCUGUGUGCCUUCGACCGCUUCACUGCCCUCAAGAAGAAGAACACCAAGCUGGUCACCAUCCUGGCUGUCGGGGGAUGGAACGAGGGAUCCACAAAGUACUCCCGUAUGGCGUCCAGCGCGGCCAGCAGGAAGACCUUCGUGGACUCCGCCAUCAAGCUGCUCAAGGAACACGACUUCGACGGUUUGGACAUGGACUGGGAGUACCCGACACAGCGAGGAGGCGCCCCCGAGGACAGGGGCAACUUCGUGCUUCUGCUCAAAGACCUGAAGGAGGCGCUGCACGCUAACGGCAUGAUGCUGACUGCUGCUGUGUCUGCCGGCAAGGGAACCAUCGACGAGGCUUACGACAUCCCGGGCAUCGCGGAGCACCUUGACAUGGCCAACCUGAUGACCUACGACAUGCACGGCGACUGGGACCCCUACACCCACCACCAGUCCGGCCUGUACGCCCACCCCGACGACACUGGCGACAACGUGUACUUCAACCAGGACUUCGCCGUCAGGUACUGGCUUGACAAGGGCUUCCCCGCCAACAAGCUGAGCCAGGGCGUGCCUCUUUACGGAAGGUGCUGGACCCUUGACAGCCCAGACCAGCAUGGCUUCUACGCCCCCGCCCACCAGCCAGGCCCCGGGGGAAAGUACACCGAGGAACCUGGCAUGCUGGGGUACAAUGAGAUCUGCGAGGGAAUCCUGUCUGGCUGGACUGUUGUGCACGACCCGGCCAUGCACGAGCCUUACGUGUACAGCCUUAAGGACGGCAAUGUUUGGUGCUCCUAUGACGACGAGCCUUCUGCUAAGCUCAAGGCCGAGUACGCCAAGGAGAAGGGUCUAGCCGGCAUGAUGGUGUGGAGUAUCGAUACGGACGACUUCAAGGGCAAGUGUGGCAGGAAGUUCGCCCUUAUCAAGACCCUGGUGGAGACCUUCACUGGCAACGUCAUUACUCCUGGGCCCACUCUUCCCCCCACCACCCGCGACCCUGACGCCACCACCACAGAGAAGGUGACCAGGCCACCCACACCCCCACCAGAUGAGGUGUGCAAGGCCCCAGGCAUCAAUGCUGACCCUGAUAACUGCCACCACUACUGGCUCUGCUCCAUUAACGCUGAAGGAAAGUACGACGUGACCUCAGAGGCGUGUGCUGAGGGGACUCUUUUCAACCCCAUGGCCCACCUUUGUGACUGGGAGCAUGUUGUCUGUGCUCUUGACGGAGUGUGUGUCAACGACUGCCCCUAGAUAGACACCACAUUUUAAAAUUCCCAGGCCACCAAGACCAGAGCCAGCCAUCCAAACUUCCGUAAAGUGUGACCUCCAGAACAGUUGAGCUUUCAGAUGUUACAAGGAUGUUUUCUAUGAAGCCUGCCGGUUCAAGUUUGGCAAAGGGAAAUACGUGGACGGUUUUACAUUAUAUGUAGUUCUAUGCAGUUCAUGUGUCUAGUCAUUUAAACCUCAAAAAAAGUGCCACUGAGAUUUAAGAUUCAACAAAUUUUUCUAAAUAGUCUGCCAAUGUGAAAUACGGUUUUGAAAUAUAUACAAUUCUAUGAAGUUUAAAAGUCUCCGAAAGGCUUCUACACGUUAUUGGCAGAGUGUGUGAGGUUUGGAAUUGUGUGAUAUGCGUGACAGUGGCGGCGUAAACUGAAAACUCCUUAAUCAGGGUAGGAAAAAAUAUAACUGACUUGCUGUGAUGCUUCAGUACAAGAGUCAUUCUACAAUAAAAUGGUAAAAAAAUCCAAA